AUGCAACGCCACAUCCUGCGCCGCCUGCCCCGCACCAUCGCCCGCAGCUCCGCUGCCGCCACGACGGCCAAGGCCUCGUCGGCCAGCCUGCUGUCGCGCCAGUUCUCCUCGGAGGUGCAGGUUAAGCAGACCAACCUGUUCAUCAACAACAAGUUCACGCCGUCGGCUUCGGGCGCCACGUUCGACUCGUUCAACCCCGCCACGGAGGAGAAGAUUGCGUCUAUUUCUGAGGCCACCACCGCCGAUGUUGACGCUGCUGUGGACGCUGCCCGCGCUGCCUUCAACGGCCCGUGGCGCACCAUGGACGCUGCUGAGCGCGGCCGCCUGCUGUUCCGCCUCGCGGACCUCAUCGAGCAGAACGGCGAGGAGCUCGCCAAGCUCGAGGCCCUGGACGCUGGCAAGCCGUCCUUCCUGACCCGCGUCCUGGACGUGCAGGCCAGUCUCAACGUGUACCGCUACUACGCCGGCUGGGCUGACAAGAUCCACGGCAGCACCGUCCCCAUUUCGGGCCCCUACCUGUGCUACACCAAGCAGGAGCCCGUCGGCGUGUGCGGCCAGAUCAUCCCGUGGAACUUCCCCAUGAUCAUGAUGGCCUGGAAGCUGGCCCCCGCUCUUACCACGGGUAACACCGUGGUGCUCAAGCCCGCCGAGCAGACGUCGCUGACGGCCCUGCGCAUUGCCGAGCUCAUUGUCGAGGCCGGCUUCCCCGAGGGUGUGGUCAACAUCGUGACGGGCGGCGGCGCCACCGUUGGCGCCCACCUGGCCCAGCACCCCAAGGUGGACAAGAUCGCCUUCACGGGCUCCACCGAGACGGGCAUGCACAUCAUGCGCUCGUCGCACGUGGACAACCUCAAGCGCGUGACGCUCGAGCUCGGCGGCAAGUCGGCCAACAUCAUCCUCGACGACGCCGACAUCGACCUGGCCAUCCAGCAGUCGCAGAUGGGUCUGUUCCUGAACGCCGGCCAGGUGUGCAUCUCCGGCAGCCGCGUGUACGUGCAGGAGGGCAUCUACGACGAGUUCGUGCGCCGCUCGGCCGAGGCUGCCCAGGCCAUGAAGAUCGGCGACCCGUUCGACCUGACCACCCAGCACGGCCCGCAGAUCGACGGCAACCAGUUCAAGAAGGUUCUGGGCUACAUUGAGUCCGGCAAGAAGGAGGGCGCCCGCCUGGUGUGCGGUGGCAAGCGCUGGGGCGACAAGGGCUUCUUCAUCGAGCCCACGGUGUUCGCCGACGUGAACGAGGACAUGGCCAUUGCCCGCGAGGAGAUCUUCGGCCCCGUCAUGUCCAUCAUCAAGUUCAAGACCAUCGACGAGGUCAUCGAGCGCGCCAACAACUCAGAGUUCGGCCUGGGCGCCGGCGUGGUCACGUCCAACCUGGACAACGCCAUCAAGAUCUCCAACAGCGUGCGCGCCGGUACCGUGUACGUGAACUGCUACGCCAUCAUCGAGGCUAACACGCCGUUCGGCGGCUUCAAGAACUCGGGUCUCGACCGCGAGCAGGGCGAGCUGGGCCUGCGCAACUACCUGGAGAACAAGACGGUCAUCAUCAAGCGCCCGGAGGACUCCAUGCCGUAA